AUGGCGGCCGAGCCCCGCGCGGCCGGGCGUGGAGAGGGGCCCGUCCCCAGGCAGCCCGCCGCCCCCCUGGCCCGGGGGCGCUCUGGGGGGCCCCCCGCGCCCGGAGCCUGCACCUGCCGCGCGGUGACAGACCCGGCCCUGCGGCCCCUCGCGGGGGCCUCGUGUGAGGUCCACGCCUGCCUGGCGCUGCCCCCCCUCACCUACCCGGCCCCCUGGCCCUGGCCCGGCACGUGGGCGCCCGGGGGGCCGCACCCGGGGGCGGGGAGGCGGUUCCCGGCCCAGCAGGACAUUGUGGUGGGAGCCCUGUUCCUGGACUUUGCCCCGUCCCUGGUCUUUGCCCCGUCCCUGGAGCUGACUGGCAUCUACCACAACAACUACGAUGGCUCCCUCAACACCGCCAACGGUUUCCCCGUCUUUGCCACCGUCAUCCUGGCCAAUCAUGUGGCCAAGAAGGACAGCAAGGUCGCUGUCAGGGAACUGACGGAUGAGGAUGUGAAGAUGAUCACUAGCCUCUCGAAGGACCAGCAGAUCGGGGAGAAGAUCUUCGCCAGCAUCGCUCCUUCUAUCUACGGCCAUGAAGACAUCAAGAGAGGCCUGGCGCUGGCCCUGUUCGGGGGAGAGCCCAAGAACCCAGGCGGGAAGCACAAGGUGCGAGGCGACAUCAACAUGCUCCUGUGUGGAGACCCAGGCACAGCCAAGUCCCAGUUCCUCAAGUACAUCGAGAAGGUGUCCAGCCGCGCCAUCUUCACCACGGGCCAGGGCGCCUCCGCCGUGGGCCUCACGGCCUACGUCCAGCGGCACCCGGUCAGCAGGGAGUGGACCUUAGAGGCCGGUGCCCUGGUCCUGGCGGACAGAGGCGUGUGUCUCAUCGACGAGUUUGACAAGAUGAAUGACCAGGACAGAACCAGCAUUCACGAGGCGAUGGAGCAGCAGAGCAUCUCCAUCUCCAAGGCGGGCAUCGUCACCUCGCUGCAGGCCCGCUGCACCGUCAUCGCUGCCGCCAACCCCAUAGGGGGCCGCUACGACCCUUCCCUGACCUUCUCCGAGAACGUGGACCUCACGGAGCCCAUCAUAUCACGCUUUGACAUCCUGUGCGUGGUGAGGGACACCGUGGACCCACUUCAGGAUGAGAUGCUGGCCCGCUUUGUGGUCAGCAGCCACGUCAGACACCAUCCCAGCAACAAGAAAGAUGGGGAUGUGGACAGCGGCGCCUCCGAGCCGGCCAUGCCCAACACAUACGGCGUGGAGCCCCUGCCGCAGGAGGUCCUGAAGAAGUACAUCAUCUACGCGAAGGAGAGGGUGCACCCGAAGCUCCACCAGAUGGACCAGGACAAGGUGGCCCGGAUGUACAGCGACCUGCGCAAGGAGUCCAUGGCCACGGGCAGCAUCCCCAUCACCGUGCGGCACAUCGAGUCCAUGAUCCGCAUGGCGGAGGCCCACGCGCGCAUGCACCUGCGGGACUACGUGACCGAGGACGACGUCAGCAUGGCCAUCCGCGUGAUGCUGGAGAGCUUCAUCGACACGCAGAAGUUCAGCGUCAUGCGCAGCAUGCGGAAGACCUUCGCCCGCUAUCUCUCCUUCCGGCGUGACAACAACGAGCUGCUGCUCUUCCUACUCAAGCAGCUGGUGGCCGAGCAGGUCACCUACCAGCGCAACCGCUUUGGGGCCCAGCAGGACACCAUCGAGGUGCCCGAGAAGGACUUGGUGGACAAGGCACGGCAGAUCAACAUCCACAACCUUUCCGCCUUUUACGACAGCGAGCUCUUCAGGAUGAACAAGUUCAGCCGUGACCUGAAGCGCAAGAUGAUCCUUCAGCAGUUCUAAUCCCUGGGCUGCCACUGGGCUGCUGGGGUCCUCCUGGGGUGUUCCGGGCACUAGUUCUGUGGACACAAGGCCAGCCCCCUGGGGGCGCUGACCAGGACUGGGCAGGGCGGGGCUUCUUCAGUUCCCACUCUACUUCUUGCCUUCUGGUGGGAACUUGCAGCGGCCUACAAAAUGUGGCCCAUCCCCACUCGGUCCCCUGUGCACGCGCACACGUGUGUGCAUGCGUGCGUGUUCACAAGCCCAGGGUGGUCAUGGUGUGAGCUUGCUGACCUGGCUGUUGAUGCCACCACCUCUGCCAAAGAGCAGCGUGGAGGUAUUUGCAGUCUUCCUGGGACUGUCCUGUGGGUUUCUCCACCCCCUGGGGUAGGAGAGCGUGUGGUCCUGUUUUCGGUGAGAAUUGUCCAGUAGCUGUAAUGCCAGUCAUGGCCGCAAUAAUCUGGCUUCUCAUACUAUUUUCUGCUUUGCUUUUUAUACAUU